AUGGCUUUCAGCUGGCGAACGCGACCCGCCUUGAGACUUGGUGCUGCUGGACGCCCUUCGUUCCGCGCCCGAGGCAUACCCUCCAGACGAAACCUCUACCUCGCGCCGCCAUACCUACUGGACGACUAUAUACCGCGCUAUCAGCUGCUCUCCUCAGUGGAAGCCGCCAAGAAGCGAUCCCUGGCCUAUGCGCACCUGCGUGAAUGCAAUCUCUGCCCCCGACUGUGCGGUGUCAAUCGUUACGAGACGACAGGCACGUGUCUAAUAGGAGCCGAGACUGUCAAAGUCAACACUAUCGCUCCUCACUUUGGUGAGGAGCCCUGUUUUCAGGGACACAAUGGUAGCGGAUCAGUCUUCUUCUCUGGGUGCAACCUGAGAUGCGUGUUUUGCCAGAACCACGAUAUAGCCCACCAGCGCAACGGGUUCGACCUGACACCAGAGCAACUCGCAGAGUGGUUCAUGAAGCUGCAGGACGUGGGCCGCGUCCACAACAUCAACCUCGUUACACCCGAACAUGUCGUACCCCAGGUCUGCCUAUCGAUUCUGCACGCGCGCGAUCUCGGUCUCCACAUACCCAUCAUUUACAACACGUCGUCGUUCGAUUCGCUCGAGAGCAUACACUUGAUGGAUGGCUUGGUGGACAUUUACCUGCCGGACUUCAAGGUGUGGCGUGACGCGACGAGCCGUCGGUUACUGAAGGCAGACGGAUACACAAAGGUGGCUAUGGAGAGUAUCAAGGCCAUGCACGAGCAGGUGGGCGACCUCUGCUUCACUCCUGACGGCAUCGCCAAGAAGGGAGUGCUGGUGCGACACCUGGUGAUGCCCGGCAUGGAGGACGAGGGACGAGAAAUUGUGAAGUGGCUUGCCGAGAACGUGAGCAAAGACAUCAUGGUGCACAUUAUGGAGCAGUAUUUUCCAAGAGCUCAUGUAGGCAAGGAGCGGCGCGGCCGUGCAAGCCAGGGCGUUGUUGAGCCAGGCGGUGUUGAAGCCUCACCUUCGACUAAGAAAGACAUCGAACGCAUCGUCCAUGACCUCAAGGUCGACCGAGAUACCUGGCAGGCUGUGGCGCUCCAAUACAAAGCGGCCUUCGAAGCUCAGACAUCCCGCCUACACGAGCUGCAAAACGUGUGCUUUGCUACGCAAGCCGAGCUGGAAAACGAGCGAGCUCAACAACAACGUCUCCAGACAGUCUCUGGCGAGCGCGAGAACCACCGUCCUGCUACCUUCGACGGUACUGAGGACCUUCACGUCAAUUUCACUUUUGGUACCGCUACUUUAUGCUUACCGAAAGAGAUCGAGCCAACUCACUUGCGACGGCCCUCCGAAGAUUGCACCCACCCCUUGUUCAAGCGCGCACAAGAGUGUACCGCUCAGCGUAACUACGGCACUGCCCUGGUCGAGGUUGAGCGACUCCUGAAAGGUCCGCUCAGCCAUAAGGCUCGCGCCGAAGGCUUACUCUUGAAGAGCAAUAUUCUUAGAGCCUCUGGCCCCGAUGAGCUCCUUGACGCGCUAGCUACGUGCAGCGAAGCCGUAGAGCUCUGCGACCGUCUUUCUGAGCUUCAGAACUUCUUGCCACGCAUACAAUACCAGCGUGGCCUGUUGUACUAUGAGCUGCGUCAACUCCACCAAGCCCGAGAAGCCUUCAGCACAGUUUGCGACGACGACCUCUCCGCUAAAGCCAGGGAGUUUCGCAAGUCUUACGAUGAUGAGCUGGAUCUGCUGCGCUGUACCAAGCGUCGGUCGGGCUUUGAUGAGAACCGCACUAUGGAAGGCUUGCUCGCCCAACUGGAGGAUAAGGGCACAGAGAACAAGCGCCGUCGAACCAGUGCGCAACUUAGGCAGCGCGCCGCCGCGAAAGCGAGACGAAUGUCGUUGCCCUACCGCUGGGUCAAAUCAAAGAGCGACGAACAUCACCGAGAGUAA